AUAGAACCCACCUCUCUUGGAUUCCACUUCAGCGUUCUAUCCGCUACAUCAGGGCUAAUCAACACACUGCCCGUGGCCUGAUGGUUUGGGCCCAUGGCGCGGUUUGACUUUAUGCAAGGCUCAACAGGUGACCACCAGGGACAAGUUUCGAUUCUAUGCCUGUUUGAUGAGAGAACGAUUUGACGAACACAAAAAUGAGAAGGAUAUGGUGAAAGCAACAAAACUGCUGAGAGCUGCUGAGGAAGAAUUUUGGGUAUGCCAGCAUCCUCAACCUUACAUCUUCCCUGAUUCUCCUGGAGGCACAUCUUAUGAGAGAUAUGACUGUUACAAGGUUCCUGAAUGGUGUUUGGAUUUAUGGCAUCCUUCUGAGAAGGCAAUGUAUCCUGAUUACUUCUCCAAAAGAGAGCAAUGGAAAAAGCUGCAGUUAGAAAGCUGGGGAAAAGAGGUUAAGCAGCUAGAGGCUGAAACUCCACCUGAUGGUCCUGUGAAUGAAGCUUUGCCUCCAGCUCGCAAAGAAGGGCAUCUGCCACCUCUGUGGUGGCAGUAUGUAACAAGACCCCGAGAACAGGGGUCCUUUUAAAGUCCGUUCAUGAACACCUGAAUUAAGCAGUUUGUUCUUGACAAGCAGUAGGAAUGUCAGUUAAAUGCACUACUGUACUUAAUGCACAAUAAAGCUAAGUAAAAUAAAUGACUAUAUCUAAGA